CUAAAGUUGGUCGCACGCACCACACACCACCAUUUCAACCCAAGGAGCCUUGCUUGAGCCAUAUAUUUCUUGCUAUCCUCUUGCUGCCCUGUCGCUAGAUCGCCACAAAACCACUCACUGUCAUCGUGUGUCAGUUCUCAUCCUGCUAUCCUUCCAUUUCUUCGGCCAAAUAUCCGGCAGCCCCGCAUCAAGCCUUGUUACAUCAACAAAAAACAACGUCACGACCAGCCCUUUACCCCUCAGUCAUGUAUCGCUCUUCGACUGGCGCUUUGGACCACUAUGACGAACCACCUCGUGGGGGUGAGCGGUGGGAUCGUGACAGAUUCGAGCGCAUGAGAAGAGGAGGAGGAGGAGGAGGAGGAGGGGGAGGGGGAAGCGGCGGCGGAAGCAAUGCUGGUGGCAGCCGUGCUGGCGGUCGUGACGACUACGAACACUUCCGCUUCCAGGAGCACGAUCGCUUCCCCGGAGGCCAUCGGGACGUCGACAUCCACGAAGACCGUCAACGCCAAGGCCCGCGCGUCAUGGAGAGGGAGCGCUUCCACGAAGAUGAGCGCUUUGAGCGUCCUUCGCGUGGCCGCGCCGACCUUUUCCACGAGCCUACGCCAUCCGAGGUAGCCAACCAGGCACUUGCCCCUUACCGUCGCAAGUCGAUUAUAGACAAGGACAUCAACAUUGGUAUCGAUAUCAACGAAAGGCGCCGACCCGCUCGACCGGGGUUCAUCCGACGACAAUCGUCCCUUGAUACGUUCGACCGCCGCCCUGUGCCACGAUACGGAGAGGUCGAGAGGUACGAAAAGCGCGAAUAUCGACCACCUGCCAAUGUUCCCAUUCCACUUCCAAUCCGUGAACGCCGCAGAUCACCCCCUCGUCGCUUCCAUGAGGAGGAAGAGGAUUACGAAGAUGUUAGGUUUGACGACCGCGGAGGACGGGGCAGGGAACGAGAAAAUUAUCGUGAAGUCGAGGUCUCCAGAGAGAAGAGCAGGGUUCGCAGGAGUAAGAGCGUAGCAAAGUCAACUCGCAGCUCCUCCAUUUCCAGCUUCGAGGAGAUUCAGCCCUCGCGAGCUACUUGGGGCAAGAAGGGCAAGACGAGACUUCCAAAGCGCCUGGUCAAGAAACAAGCUGUCAUCGACCUCGGCUACCCAUAUGAAGAAGAGGACGACUUCAUCAUCGUAACUCGGGCGCUCGAGAAAGAGCAUAUCGACGAGGUCAUCAAAAUUAGUGAGAGCUACAAAGAAGAAAAAAUGACCUAUGUGUACGAGGAGAAAGGCCAUGAUAGUCCUCCCCCUCCUCCUCCUGCGUCUAUUGCACCUUUACCACCUCCACCUCAGGAGCAUUUUCACCCUCCUCCUCCCUCUGUAAUGCACGCCCCACCACCACCGCCUCCUGCUCAGUACGCUGCACCACCGCCUGCCCAGUACGCACCACCGCCGCCUGCUCAGUAUGCUCAACCUCCACCCUCACAUUAUGCUCCUUCGCACUACGCACAAUCAGAGCGCGCUCCCUCGCCAUCUAUCCACGAACAUGAGCGCUUUGUUGAAAUUGAGCGCUCAAAUGCCAUUCACGGACCUGCGACUUCCUUCCUUCCUGAGAACCGACAGCUAGUUCGCAGGCGCUCGGAGCGCGAUAUUCGCGAGGAGAUUCGCUCACUCGAGGACGAGCGCCGAAUGCUCAAGUAUGAGCGCGACGAACGCGACUAUGAGUUUGUUGAAGCACGACCCCCGCGCAGGGAGGUGGUCCGCGUCGAUAAGGAUCGAAAGGGACGACGGGACCGGCCGAAUCCGAAGCUUGUGGCUGCUAUGAUGUCGACUUUGAGCUGA